AUUCACUUUCAUCUGCUGAUUUAUAUAGUUUGUGCUUGUAACUAUUUGGAGCAGGUUAACAUACGCUUUCGACAUCCUCGGAACCCUGUUAUUGGGGAUAAAUUUAGCAGUAGACAUGGACAGAAAGGUGUUUGCUCUCAGUUGUGGCCAGAUGUUGAUAUGCCAUUUUCUGGAAAUACUGGCAUGCGCCCUGAUCUCAUCAUCAAUCCCCAUGCAUUUCCUUCCAGGAUGACAAUUGCUAUGCUUUUGGAAUCAGUUGCCGCUAAGGGAGGUUCCUUACGUGGAGAAUUUGUAGAUGCAACUCCAUUUCGAAGCUCAGUGAAGAAAGACGAUGAGGGAUCUGAUUCAAAAUCAGGUUCACUUGUGGAUGAUCUUGGUCUUAUGCUAAAAGAAAAGGGAUUUAAUUAUCACGGUCUGGAAGUUUUAUACAGCGGUGUUUAUGGAACAGAACUAACAUGUGAAAUAUUUAUUGGGCCUGUUUAUUAUCAGCGGCUGCGUCACAUGGUUUCAGACAAAUUUCAGGUUCGAUCUACUGGCACAAUUGAUCAGGUCACCCGGCAGCCGAUAAAAGGACGGAAGCGUGGUGGAGGAAUCCGAUUCGGUGAAAUGGAACGUGACUCUCUGCUUGCGCACGGAGCUGCAUAUCUUCUGCAUGAUAGGUUGCACACAUGUUCUGAUUAUCACAUUGCUGACGUAUGUUCUCUGUGUGGAAGCAUGCUUACAACAACAUUCAUCCAGCCUCAAAAGAGGCCGGUGCGCCAGAUCGGUGGGCUACCUCCCGGAAGAGCCGCGAAGAAGGUUACUUGUCAUGCUUGCCAAACGAGUAAAGGCAUGGAGACUGUUGCCAUGCCCUAUGUAUUCAGAUAUUUGGCUGCAGAGUUAGCUGCAAUGAACAUAAAAAUGACUCUCAAGCUCACUGAUGGAGCUGAAGUUGGAGCCUAAUAUGUUUAGACUGUAGUAUAGUCUCAGCUGCUGUUAAACUGAUUGGAUGUGACGAGCUUGUGAUUGCAGCAUGAAUCUUCAAUGGAGCUCAGAUGCUUGCUCAUAUCAUGAAGAGUUACAAAUUUUGGUGACCCUUUCAGCAGAAAUUUUGCUCACAUCUUGGAGAGUUAAAAAUUUUGGUAAGAUUUGAAGUGUUAUUCAUUUUGUCAAUUGUUAUGUGGAAAUUGUUCGACUGAUUAAGACGGUGAGAAGACUUUGUGGAUUUUGUAGUUAUUGUAAAUUCUAUCGUA